GCAUUUUAAUCACAGUAUUAAACAUUUUGCAUAAUUUAUGUUUUUUAUUCCAGUAAUUAAAAAUGUAACAUUAAAUUAACACCACAUUGGUUAUUUUAUAUAAAACUUGUGCAUCUGUCCAUCAUUUAUCAACCUGUCGAAAACACAGCAGCUUUAAAUGACUGUUGUUCUAUUUUUAUGUCUCUGCUCCUCCUGGCCGGUUUGUUGCACCUGUUGAAUGAAGAUUCGUUUCACUAAUGUGUUUUUCAUCUAAUCCUUGUCUGUUCCCGCCGGCCGCCUCGACCCGGCUCUAAAUUUAGAGCAGCAGCCCUGGAUGUGUUGUGAUGUAAAAAUAGGAGGAGGGAAGCCGGCUCGUUAUUCAGGACAGAGAGUCAAACUUCAAGCUGAAGGAGCGUUGAGACGACGAUCAGUGGAGAAAACAGGGCGGAUUCAAAGAAACAGGUUUCCAGUUAUUCAAAGUCAGCUGGAAAACAAAGAGGAAACACGAUGUUGUCCAAAAAGGAAGAGAAGAGAUCGUUCAGCAAUGGCCGUCUGAGAGACCAGUGGGAGAAAAUAGCCCAGAACGAGGCGGACCAGUGCAAACAGGAGGCUGAGCGGAAACAGAAAAGCUCCAUUAAAGUUCUUUUCUCAAAGUGGACCUACCACUGGUCUAACGGAGAACAGGUCAUGGAUGAGAUUUCCGACUUCAGGAGGGCGACGACCCGGACAGACGACGAAGAAAAAAAGCCUAAAAUUAAAUUCAAAAUCGUUCCUCCACCUCCAAAAGUCAAAGCGGAGCCUCCGCCGCCGCCGCCGCCGGCCCCCAGGAGGUCGUCCUCCCCGAAACGCCACAGGCAAAAACGCAAAGUGGAAGUGGACGUGUUUCGUUUGUGCUGGAGGGAAUCCUGGAUGAGCCUGAAACCACCGAAGUACCUCUACCUGAAGGCCAGAGAGGCUAAAGAGAGGAGGACGCUGCUGAUGACCCUAGAGUGUCCCAGAAGCAGGAAGUACAAAUCAAAGAUGUUUGGACCGGACGCGGACGGGACGGGUCCGAUUCCUAAAUGGAGUCAUUCCUGGAAGCAGGUGAAAAGCCCGGCUCAGUCAGAGCAACCAGAGGACAGAGACUUUGAGUGGGACGUUCUGUUUGAGAGGACGCUGGUCACAAAAGUGGAAAUAGGAGAAUAUGGUCUUCCUUCCUGGGCCGGAACAUGGAAGAUCAUGAACUUUCCCUUCAGGCAGCAGAAGAAGAACUGGGACUGCGGUUGGGAAAGUUACCAACAGGAGCCGAGCGACAAGUCCGAUAAGUUUGACCUCAUUCAGGAGCAGCUGGAUCAGGACGAGCCUGAAGGCUGGGAGGAUUCAUGGAGGCUCUCCGGAGCAGAAGAUCCGACGGACGGGCCGGCCACGUUCACAGCAGAAAUGAGCGACUGGCUGAUGCCGGGAUGGAGCAAAUCCUGCCUGCUGGCUGCAGCUCCUCCUGAGGAAUACGAAGAGCGGCAGAAGAGCUGGAGCUCCUGCUGGGGCUUCCAGCAGCAGAUCAGGUGGCGUCAGGCGUCCAUCUUGUCUGCUCAUCACCAUAGCAACCAGAUGAGCAGGAGACGGAGAGCCAUAAACGUUUUCCUGUUCUUCGGUCUGGACCGGCCUGGUCUGAGCGACUGGACGGAGGCCUGGAAGGGUCCAAAAGGACAGAAAACACCGGAGGAUGACGAAGAGCGGGAGGAAGGAGCCGGAACUGAGGAAGAGGAGGAGGAGGAUGAAGGAAUGGAGGAGGAAGAGGAGGAAGAAGAAGAGGAGGAGAUCAGAACAGAAAUAUUUCAAAACUUUAAUAAGAACAAAGGUCAGGAAAAAGAGGAAGAGGACGAUGAGGGUGUAGAUGAAGAGGAGGAAGAUGAAGAUGAAGAAGAUGAGAAAGAAAAUGGUGAAAAGGAAACGGAGAGAGGAGUCGAUGAGGAGGAGGAGAGUGAAGAAGAUGAGGAAGAGGAGAAAGAUAACAGUGUCAGAGUGAUGAAGGAGGAUGAAGAAAAAUGUGACAAUGCAGAUGAGGAAGAGGAGGAGGAAGAGGAAAUUUAUGAGGAAGAGGAAGAAAACGACAAAAACAAAACGAAGAGUCAAAAGCUUGAAACUGAGCAGAGGAAGAAGGAUGGUGAAGAUGAGGAAGAGGAGGAUGCUGAAGAUGAGGAAGAAGAAGAUGAGGAGGAAGAAAAGGAGGAAAAUCAAGCCAAUGAUGAAGAAAGACACGAAAAUGCCAGAACAAAAGAAACAGAGAGUCGAGAUCCAGUAACUGAGCAGAAGAAGAAUGAUGCUGAAGAUGAAGAAGAGGAAGACGGUGAAGAUGAGGAGGAGGAAGAUGAGGAGGAAGAAGAGGAGGAAAAUCAAGCCAAUGAUGAAGAAAGACACGAAAAUGCCAGAACAAAAGAAACAGAGAGUCGAGAUCCAGUAACUGAGCAGAAGAAGAAGAAGGAUGCUGAAGAUGAAGAUGAGGAAGAAGGGGAAGAUGAGGAGGAGGAAGAAGAGAAAGAGGAUGAAGAGGAGGAGGACAGUCAAGCCAAUAAUGAGGGAGAAAUGCAAGAAAACAGAAAAUCAAAAGAAACGAAGAGUCGAGAUUCAGGAGAGCAAAGGAAGGAGGAUGGUGAAGAUGAGGAAGAGGAGGAUGGUGAAGAUGAGGAAGAGGAGGAUGGUGAAGAUGAGGAAGAGGAGGAUGCUGAAGGUGAGGAAGAAAGAAAGGAAAACAACAGAGCAGGAAAAGACGAGAAGGAGGAAACGAAUGCCACAAAGUUGGGAAAAGACAAAGAAGAAGAUGAUGAAGAGGAGGAGUUUCUGGACUUUGAUGAAGAAAGAGGCAAAACUAAAGGAGAUGAAGAGGAGGAAGAGGAGGGAGAGGAAACAGAUGAAGACUAUGAAGAUGCAGAUGAAGAGGAUGAAAAACAACAGAAGGAAAAAGGAAAUGAAAAGGAUGAAGAUGUAAACCUGAAAGAGGAAGAGGAGGAUGAAGAGAGCCCGGAUUUAGAAGAUGAUGAUGAUGAUGAUGAUGAUGAAGAGGAAGAAGAAACAAACAAAAAACAAGGAAAAGAGGAAGAGGAGGAGAUUAAAGACGAAAGGAAGAACAACAAAGAUGACAAGGAGGAAGAUGAGGAUGAUGAUAGGCUGGAUGUAGAAGAUGAAGAAGAAGAGCAGAGAGAAAAAAUGGAGAGAAAAACAGAAAAGACGGAGGAAGAGGAGAAGAAGAAAGUUUCCAGUCUGGAUGUAGAGGAUGAUGAAGAGGCUGAUGAGGAAGAGGAUGAUGAGGAAGAGGAUGAGGAAGAGGAUGAAGAUGAGACAGAAGAAAACGAAAAGCAGAAAGACGAAAAUAACGAUGAGGAUGAAGAUGGAAACAUUGACAGGAUGAAGAUAGAAACCAAAGAAAGACGCUGCAAAGAGGAGAACAAUGAGGAAGAGGAGGAUGAGGAAGAACAUGAGAGCUGUGAGGAAGAUGAGGAGGAAGAUGAUGAAGAGGAGGACAGUAAGAUGGAGGUGGAAGAAAUCAAUAAAAACAAAGAUGAAGGUGAGGAAGAUGGAGAAACUGAGGAAGAAAAUCCUGUGGAGGGAAAAGCUGAGAAACAAGCAGAAGAAGAGGAGGAGGAUGAAGAACAAGAGAAGAAGAGCGGCGUUCUAAAACAGACGAAGAAGAAGAAGCAGAAAACCAAACCCGGCGCUCCGCUUCACCUGCAGUUCCACAAGCUGAGCGCCUCCUUCUCCUCCUGGCGGCGCUCCUGGAUGGUCGCCGUCGCUCACCGCGGAGGAGCCGACGACGAAGACGAGGAAGAGGAGGGAGAGGAGGGAGAGGAGUGGCGGGCCUGGAAGGAGUCCUGGAGAAUCUGCCGCUGCAGGAAGACGGACAAAGACGAGGUGAUGAGCUUCUCCACGGAGCACCGGAGCCGUCGGGACGCCAUACAGGAAGUGGACGAAACGACAAGCAGGAAGUGGAUUUUGAGCUGGAAAAUGAACACAGCUAACGGCAGACAUGAGGAAGAGGAGGAAGAGGAUGAGGAAGAUUAUGAGGAGAGCUGAAAUGUGAUCAAACUUUAUGAUCUGAGACAUUUUGAUGAACGUUGAUCUCAUUUCAGUUUUUAUUUUAAUUUUUUUUUAACCAUUUUUAGUUGUAAAAAUAACAAAACAACCAAAACUUUCCUGUAAAUUACAGGAAAGUUUCCAGCUGCUGUUUUCAUCGCUAGCUAAAGCGUUAGCUGCGCUAGCUGAAGCGUUAGCUGCGCUAGCUGAAGCGUUAGCUGCGCUAGCCUGGAGCACUGAUGACAAAUAUUAGCUCUGCUAGCUAAAAUCGCUAUAACAACACAGUAGUUUACAGAUGCUAAAGCAUUAGCAUUAGCAUCUGUAAACUACACACAUUUCAGGAAAUGAUUAAGUUCAAAGGUUAGCAACCCAGAGACUACAGAUGAAAACAAUCCUUUAUGGCCAACACUGGAAUAUUUGAUGAAGAGCAUAAAAUAAAAUAACCUGCAUGUUCCACCACAGUCCUCUGUAAAUUCAUUAUAGGAAAUAUGAGAAAGUAUUUUAUGUUUUGUGAAAAUAACCUGUAAAUUAUCGUAUAAGUUAUCUUUACGUACCAGGAAGGUUCCGGUGAGUUUCUGGAAACUAACAUUUAAAUUUCUCUGUGAAAGUGACGUGUAAGUUCCAGGAAAAUAAGAUGCAGAUUGUUAGAGAGCAUCGAUUAAAAACUGUCUGUUGAUAUUUGUACAAAAAUGUAAAUUGUACAUCAGAAAUAUUUAAUAAAUUUUAAAUAAUAAAUUGAA